GUAGUACAGACUAAUUCCAUACUCACCUCCGUCACACGGGACAUCUCUCUAUAUAAAACCGCAGAAACCCUCUUCUCUCUCCUCCUCCCCCGCGUUCUCGACUCUCCAAGAUCCACCAGCCCCCCACCCCCCUACACUGCUCAAACCCUAGACACCGCCAACGGGAGGAGUGUGAGAGAGAGAGAGAGAGAGAGAGAGAAGAAGACGAAGCAUUCGCAUCACCUCACUCGUCUCUCCGAUCCUAACAUAACCGAAGCUCAGUUUUGUAGGGUUUUGAUUGCUGCUUGGAGAUCCAUCAGUAAUGGCGGCGGUGGCGACGACAACGGUGGCGGCACAACCACCUGUAUCUGCUCAAGUUGUUGGGAAUGCUUUUGUUCAACAAUACUAUCACAUUCAGCACCAAUCGCCGGAGCUCGUCCAUCGAUUUUAUCAGGACAUCAGUAAGCUUGGUCGUCCUGACGAUAACGGCACUAUGAACAUCACGACGACCAUGCUGGCUAUCGAUGAGAAGAUACUGUCACUUAACUAUGGUGAACUCAGGGCAGAGAUUAAAUCUGUGGAUGCACAAGAAUCUUUCAAUGGGGGAGUCCAUGUCCUUGUAACUGGGUAUUUGGUGGGGAAGGACAACAUGAUCCGGAAUUUCACUCAAACUUUCUUCCUUGCGCCACAAGAAAAAGGCUACUUUGUUUUGAAUGACAUGUUUCGCUAUAUGGAAGAUAUCAAGCAUCAUAAUGGAAACCAGAGUUUCACUAAUGACGUGGAGGCUCCUCUCACUCCAGAGCAAGAUUCUUCUCCUGUGCAGGAGAAUCAUGUUUCCGAGCAAACAGUGGUUACUGUAGAGGUCAUUGAGGAAGAAGCUCUCAAUCCCACAGAUAAUGGAGAAGUUUCAGUUGUGGAAGUGGAAGAGGAGGUGCCAGUGGCCGAGGUUGUUGAUGAAGUACCAGAUGAAUCACAGGUGGUGGUUGAAUCCAACUCCAGAAUUGAGGGAGUUCCAAAGAAGUCUUAUGCUUCUAUUGUGAUGGUUAUGAGAGAGAGUGCUAUGCCGUUGUCAUCUCCUGCACCUGCUCCUCGGAGACCUAUAGCAAAGAGCCAAGAGCAACCAGUAAACCUUGUUCAGGCAUCUGCAACAGCAGUUGAGACACCAGUUUCCGGUUCAGAUGCCAUAGAAAAUGGGAAUAAUCAAGAGGGCGAAGGUAUGCACUCAUCUGAUGGUUAUUCAAUUUAUAUAAAGGGUCUCCCUUUGAAUGCCACGCCUGCCCUUCUUGAGGAUGAAUUUAAGAGGUUUGGUCCUAUAAAGAGUGACGGUAUUCAAGUUAGGAGUAACAAACAGCAGGGUUUCUGUUUUGGCUUUGUGGAAUUUGAGGUGGAAAGUGCUGUGCAAAAAGCAAUUGAGGCUUCGCCCGUUACAAUUGGUGGGCGCCAAGCUUUUGUCGAGGAGAAGAGGUCUACUAAUUCUCGAGUGAAUAAUAACAGGGGGCGGUUUUCAACUGGAAGGGGAUCUGGAUUCAGGAACGAGGGGGUCAGAGGGCGUGCAAACUAUGGAAGCGGUAGAGGCUAUAACCGCGGUGAUUUCAAUGGCCGGACUGAAUUUGGUAAUAAUAGGGAUAGGGGCAGCAAUCGAGGAGGAUUUUCGAGUCGCGGAGGGGACGGAUAUCAGAGGUCUGAUAGCAUGGGAAGCAACGGUGGCGGCCGUGCAAACCGUGGUGGUGGGAUGGCAGUCAAUGCAACAGCCAAAACCGUGGCACCACGGGUGUCUGCUACUGCUUGAGGACGACCCCAUAGCUUAGAGAGCCAGUGAUCUGUGAGGGAUUGAAAUAGGUUUGUGUGUUUUUUUUUUUUUUUAAAAAAAUGUAGUGACUAAGUGGUUGAUGAUAUCAUUUGGUGGGCAGAUCCUUCAGGCUGUCUGAAAAUUUUCAAGUUAAAAUCCUAACUUUCUUUCGCACAUUUUUUUUCCCUUCUUUUUUUUUUUUUUUUUUAUAAUAUUCUUGGGUGGGUGUUAUAGGGUUGAUGAUAGUUAGAUGUUGGAAGUUAGCUUUUGUUGUGAAGUAGUUGUAGUGCCCAAGGGAUUAUUUCUAAUUCAUUUUGUUGGGCUUUUUGUAUUCGGCAAAUUAUUAUUUUAGAGUUUAUUUUUGAAUACUGGUAAUGAAAUAUGGGUCGUUGCUACUAUAACUCAGCUGUAGUGCAUGUAUUCAUUCUUUUGGAUUUAAUGCGUAAUCUCCAACUUUUGUCAGAGUAAUUCUUGAAA